AUGAAGAACACAUGCCUUGGCUGCAUCGGCUCCAGCUCCAUCCACGUUUUGCCGCUUACUGAUCCGCUGCUUCGUGCGCCCAGAAAUCCGAUGUUCGUGCGGGUGACCUGCACGUGGGCGUUGAGUCUCUGGAGUCUAUUGCUCAUCUGCACAUGGGAUGCGACGGCACUGGAAGUGGUGCGCCAAGGAAGUCCCUGUGGUCCCAACGAAGUCCCUUGGCCUUCAGAAGACGGUGCUUUUCACUGCGAGGCCUUCGAGGAGGCGUGGAAGCGUGCGGAGGCCUUUCUGAAUGACAACAUGCCGCCGUGGGACCUCUUGAAUCGCGGCACCUUGCAGCUGGGCCUCUUGCCCGCCACGGUGACCCAAGCCCUCCAGGUACGUCAGAACUUCAGCUGGGCCGCAGAAGUGCCAGAGGAGAUCUGGCUGAACUACGUGCUGCCCUAUGCUAGCGUGAACGAAGCCCGCACAGACUGGCGGAGAUUAUUGUUCGAGGCCCUGAAGAUCGACGCUGCGAAGCGGAGCUUGGCAGAGGUCACCCAGUUGGUGAAUGAGAAACUCUGGUCUGCAGUCCGCAACGACACCACCAUUGUUUUCAAGGCGCAGCAGACUCCGCUGAUCUAUGAUACAAUGAGCGCCAUCGCUUUUGGCUAUGCCUCCUGCACGGGUUUGUCCAUCAUGUUCCUGGACGCGCUGCGCAGCGUGGGGGUGCCCGCUCGCCUGGUGGGCACGCCCGCGUGGCAUGGGACCUUUGCCGACGGGAACCACAACUGGGUGGAAAUCUGGCUGGGCCAUGGUUCUGGCCUCUUUGGGGAAGCCUGGACGUUCUUGGAAGCCUCUCCUGCUGGGCCUGGCGAGCAUCUGCUCAAUCCCUGUGACAAGUGGUUUUGCAACCCCAGUCACUUUGAUGGGAAGACCAUGUCCUUCGCGGCCAAGUUUGAUCGCGAGAAGGAGAAGUUCAACUAUUAUCCCAUGGCCCUCAGCGAUGGGGUGUUGAAUGAUUUGGAUGCGCGGAAGGUGACAGAUCUUGCAGAGGCCUCCCGCAAGCGCCCGCUGGAGGAGGCGGACGAGGCUCCCCCGCCAGAAGCUGAGGUGGUGCGAGGCUGGUACCCGCACUUCCACGAGCUCGUGCUCCGCCCCAGCGGUCCCGAGAAGCUCACGGGUGCUCGUGGCUUGGGAGCGUUGGUGCCUGCCGUGGCCCGGCUCGAGGGACCUGCUGUGGUGCUGGAGAUUUUGGAGGUGAUCCUUGACGCAGCCGAAGCUGCAGUGGUGCCCUUCACUGAAGCAGUGGAGGAGGAGGACCCCGACCCCGCCGACGCGCCGGCCACGCCGGCUGCCUCGACGGGAGCGGCGAGCACUUCGGCAGCGGGCCAGCGGCUGACGGCGACGGCCUUGCCUGAGCUGGCAGAGGCUCUCUCCCGCGCGAUCCCAACCGUCUCCCGCUGGUUGACUGGCACUCAGUGGGUGCGUCUGCUGGCCGUCGGAAUUCAGCUCUUCCGCGGCUUCCACCGGGUCUUCACCAAGCGAAGACCUUUGGUGGCCCAAGCGGUCGCCCACCUGUUGUCCGUCUUCCGUGCGGCCAGCAAAGAGGAGCGGGAGGAGAGUGCAACCUCGUUGGAGCCUUACGAGGCCUUGGUGGCACAAGGGAUAACGCUCAUGGUCACAGAGGACGAGUCCUUGCAAGGCCUGUGGGAGCUCAUUUUGAAUCAUUUGGAGCAUGAGAAGCGCCUCGAGGAAGUUCAGCUCUUGGCCGACAGCCUCACCCGGAAUAUCCUGAUGCUUGCGCGACAAGGUGUGGAAAACUACCUGCGGCUACAGCAACAGGAGGAGAAGGGACAGCGCAAGAUGGCCGACUACGUGAGCCAGGCACGGGCGCGGGGCAGCCUGACCAUUGGAGCCGCCACAGUGGCCAUGACCAUGGGCUCGCAGGAUGUGCACCAGGCGAUUGCCGAAGUGGAUCCUGUUUUCGCCGUGAACGCGGUGUAUGUCUACGAGCAGGCCUCGCAAACCAGUCAGUUCCUGCGUAAAUUGGCAGGAUUCCUGGAUCGGGCCUUUGGGGCAGUGCCACGGCGGAGCUGGCUGUUGCCCUGGGCGCCGAUGAUGAUGGACGCCGUGGUGCAGCUGGUCUCGCGCGGGGCCUCGGGGCCUCGAUCGACGCUCCGGUCGGUUGGUCGGUCGACGCUCGGGUCGCCGGUCGGUCGACGCAUGAGUCGUCAUGACCCGUCCUGUGAAAGAGACCGAUGUUGA